AAAUAAAUGACAGUUCUUCCCCAAAACUACCUUAGAACACUUGAUUCUAUCCGUGAUCGAUGUGGUCAGGUCUAUGAGAAGGGUCAGAAAGACCAACUUGAUUUUUUUGAUGUGGAUGAUUCAAAACUACCCCAGAUUGUGGACCAUGUUGCCAGUCUUACUCAGAGACGUUUCCCUGAUUUGUCAAAGAUCCCCCCUCACUCACGUCUGCGUCACUUUGGUAUUAAUGAUGGUUUGGACCGUCUGCAGAACAUCCGCGAGACCCGCUGGAAGAAGCUCGACAAGAUUGAGAGUGCUAGACGUUUAAUUGAUUUGGUUAUUGCGUCCGUAUUGGUGGAUGCUGGUGCAGGUCAAACAUGGAAAUACAAGGCAAAGGAUGGAGAGUUAAUUGGUCGGUCCGAGGGAUUGGCCGUCGCGUCCUUUGAUAUGUUUGAAGAAGGCUACUUCUCGAGCUCCAAGGAAGUUCCUGAUCGUGUUGAUGUCGAAGGCCUUGCGCAGCUCUCAAUUGAACGCAUGACUCAGGGGUUCCAAGUAACUUCCGCAAAUACAAUGGUUGGUCUCGAAGGUCGCUCAAACCUUUUGAAGGGUUUGUCAAAAGUAUUGGAACAGCAAAAGAAGUUCUUUCCCACUGUUGACGGACAGCCUCGCCGCCCUGGAAACCUUGUAGACUACCUCUUAGCCAAUGUUGAGGAAGACGACAAUGGUAAGAAAUCGGUGUCAAUCGAAAAGCUCUGGGAAGUGAUCAUGAGCCUUGCCGAUGUGUGGCCAGCGCGUGUUACCAUUGAAGGUGUAAAAUUGGGUGAUGUGUGGCCAUGCAGCUGUCUGGAAGACAAGGGAAACUACGAAAACCUUGUUCCCUUCCACAAGCUCUCUCAGUGGCUUACAUAUUCUUUGGUGGAAGCAAUUGAAUCUUCGAUUGACCUUACUAUCAAGGGAACCGAGAAGAUGACAGGCUUACCUGAAUAUCGUAACGGUGGUCUUUUGGUGGACUAUGGGUUACUCAAACUUAAGCCAGCUCAGGUCAAGCGUGGUACAUCCGAAGGCCAGGAGCUUCCUACUUUUGAAGGCAGUGAUUCAUUAAUCGUUGAAUGGCGUGCCUUGACCGUAAUCUAUCUUGACAAGAUUCACAAAGCAGUCGAGAAGAAACUCGGACAAGACCUUGUUUUAGCUCAGGUAUUAGAGGGAGGAACCUGGACCGCAGGUCGUGAGAUUGCUGCUACCCUGAGACCAGAUACAGCUGGACCACCCAUUGUCAUGGAGAGCGAUGGAACCCUAUUUUAAAUAUAAUAAUAUAUACAUUUACACACACACGCACUGCAGUACAAAGGCAACAACAAUAAAUCUCUGUUUCAU